CCGCCACACAGACAGACAGCAACACAGACAGACAGACUUGGUGUCAUGGCGUCGGUGGACAGCACCGGUUCGAGUGUCUCCAGUCGGCUCAGAUCAGGGGAUCUACUUCAUGCUGGUCUGGCAGUUGCUCUGCUGCUUGGUGUUUGGAGCGUUGGUGGACUGGAGGUUUCGACAGGUAAAGUGUCCUCGAUUGAGGCGAUGAACGGAUCCACAGUCCUGCUGCCCUGCACCUACUCCUCCUGCAUUGGCAUCAAAAACCUCUACUUCAACUGGCACUAUAACGACAACGGAACCAUGCAGAAGUUGUGUGAAGCUGUGAUUCCCAUUGAGGGUGUGGAGCCCAGGGUCAGUGUCUACCACAGGCGUGUUGAGUUUGUGGGCUCCUCAAACAACAUCUCCAUCCUGCUUUAUAACAUCACCUUUGAAGACGAGGGAGAGUACAUCUGUUUCGCCAGGAAUCCAAAGGAGAAAAACCGCAACCACAGCGCCAUCUUCACUCUCAUAGUGGUGGACCAAAUGAAGGAAGUCGACAACACCUUAACAGUCAUCAUUGUUUCAGUUCUGGGAGGCGUCAUUGGCUUAGUCAUCCUUGUCAUGGUGAUUAAGGCCCUGGUUGUUCACUUCCUGUUGAAGGAUGACGAGAAAAAUAAAGAGUGCCUGGUGAGCUCCUCAGGGAACGACAACACAGAAAACGGACUAACAGGAGCCAAAGCCGACAACAAAGGGACACCAAAGGCAUGAGCCAAAUGCAGAGUAUGUCUGUACGUUUGUAUAUAUGUUAGACAACUACACGCUCAGAGAAGAUGCUGUUAUCAGUGGACUGUUUUAUCUUACUAGUGGCUAAGUAAUACAACAUGUAAAUGUCUAUUUUAAAUCAUGCUUGAGAUGUGAGAGGUGUGAAACGUGCACUGGCCUGGAUCACUCUCACCGAACAUGGCGGCCCUUUUGUUACAGCGUGCAAAGCCUCUGUUAUCAAAAUCUGCUUCUUCUGCUAGUGGAACCAAACACUCCAUACAGAGUCUGGGGUUAACUAUCCGGGUUUAUUUUUGUUCUUCUUUGGAGUAUUCUUAGAAAGUCUCUGACUUUUUAUUGCUUAUUUUGGAGCCUUUUUACUAUGUGCUCCGACUCAUUAUAACAAAUACGUAAUUUUGGAGAGACUAAACAUGCUUUCAGCUUCAUUUAUAGGCCAAACUCCAUAAUGUAGUUGUGUAAGGGGUGAAAGGGUUUAUGGAAGUCACACUUUGACACAAAGUUGCGUAUGCCAGUCCACGACCACUAGCUAUAAGACAAAAUAAGGGAUGAUGUCUAGUAUUAUUCAGCAGGUUUUACAUGUUUCUGAUGAAAAACCAGGCUACAGGUUUCUCUGUAAAACUGGUCUAUGGACUCAAGUGGAUCUACUUGUGCUGCCGUGUCAUUUGGACCUGUUUACAUUACUCUCCUUGUUUUGUUGUGUCUACUUUAUUAUUAGUUCUCUAACAUUUUUUAGCUGAAAGUUACGCGCAUCACUACCAACUGGACUGGGAGUUUUGUUACUGCCAUCUAUGACUUGUCUUGUAGCUUGUCUGACUACAUGAACUGAAACCAUGACUUCUAAUUCCACAUACUCCGUCUGCACAGUGAUCUGUACGUGCCGCGCACUCUGGUGCAAGUCGCUCCCUUUCAGGUCUGUCUUUACAGAAUAAUGAUAACUUUGCAGUUUGUAUUUCUCAACUCAAAACAUACAAAUAUUAGGUGGCAAAAAUAACAAAACCUUUAGUUUUUACAGCACUGCUUUAAAAUACAUUUGUAUUUACUUAAAAAGGAAAAAAAACCUUCUACAAAGUGCAAUAGUGGCAUGAGUGCAAACCUAAAGUACUACUUACUGCAAAAACAAUUGCAGCCUUUUUUAUGCACAGCCUGACAUUGCGUUUGCAAUUGCGAUUAGAUUAAAGGUGCACUAAACCUUGGCAUGUGCCUGAAGAACCACUAUGCUCUGCUCAACAUACAUGCGGUAAAGUUCUGAACAUUUUCUGUUUUUUAAGACAUCUGGUCUUCUCUUCUCCCUGUAGGCCUCCACAUGCUCAUUUGUUUUGGUAUUGGAUUUCCUUUUUGUGGCUCUCAUGCCAUAAUAGAGUGGUGCAGUGAUGUUGCAAUUUUGUAGGCAAAAACUGAACGAUAGCCUCACAAGGCACUGAACUGGACUGUGGAUCAGUUUGGUCACAACCAAAACUACUUCUUUAGGUCAGACCAGGGUCUAGCUUUUCGGUCCAGACCAUGUUACAGGGGAGGUUUCAUACCUGCCAUUUAGGUUCAGUUCAAACUGGAAAGUCUAAACUCAAUAAGGCUAUGUUGUUUUUCUGCAGUUUUUUUGGAUCAUUGCUGAAAACAAGAUCUGUAUCCAAUAAAGGUUCAUGGAACUUGUCACUAAAAGUGUCUUAACAGAGACGUUUGUGCCAGAAAAUAGUAAAUUUAAUCCCUAACCUGUGUCUCUCUGCUUUGACUCAGUCAGGUGGUUACUCCCUGAUCAGUAUGGUUUUCUUAAAGUUGAAAGGCCCAUAUUUCUCGUGAGUGGAUGUGGCUUAAGCUCAUUAAAUGGA